AAGGCCUCAUUGUAUUCAUUCGUGUGUGAAAGUCCUGAAAAAACCUAACCCCUCUCCCUCGCUGAAACUUUGAAACGUAUCAAAGAUUCAAAUGGGCAAGAAGCGCAAAUCAGCCUCCAAAGCCGAAGAAACUUCUUCUUCUAAACCUAAAUUGCUCAAACCCCAACCACCACCACCACCCGCAGAAGAAUCUGAAGAAGAAGAAGAACACGUUGAAUCAGAACCAGAAGAAGUAGAAGCAGAAGAAGAAGAAGAAUCAUCAUCAUCUUCUUCUUCAUCUGAAUCAGAGGAAGAAGAAGAAGAAGCAGCAGCAGCAGAAGUAGAAGAGGAAUCAGAUGACAAAUCUUCUUCUUCAUCAUCAUCAUCAGAAGAAGAAGAAGAAGAAGAGGAAGAGGAAGACGACGAUACGAAGCGAGACAGUAUCAAGAAGCUCCUAGAGCCGUUCGGCAAAGACCAACUCAUCUCAAUCCUCAAAGAAGCCGCGUCGAAAACCCCAUCAAUCAUCGAGCACAUAACCAAGACGGUGGACUCCGACCCAAUCCAGCGCAAAAUCUUCGUCCACGGCCUCGCCUGGGACACCAACUCCGAAACCCUAGCCGCCGCAUUCAAACCCUUCGGCGCAAUCGAGGAGUGCAAGGUCGUCUCCGACAAAAUCACCAACCGAUCCAAAGGCUACGGCUUUAUCCUCUUCAAAACCAGCGCCUCCGCCCGCAAAGCCCUCAAGCAACCCCAGAAGAAAAUCGGCUCCAGAAUGGCGGCCUGCCAGCUCGCCUCCUCCGGCGCCAAUCAGUCCCAGCAGCAGCACCAGCAGCCGCAGUCUCAGCCAGCCCCUGUAAGCGGCCGCCGGCUUUACGUGGCGAAUGUGGGUCCUCACAUUGCUCCGGAGAAGGUCAGGGCCUUUUUCGCCGAGUUUGGCGAGCUCGAAGACGGGCCAGUGGCAUUAGGUGGAUUGGAUAAAGACACAGGUAAGUUCAAAGGAUUUGCUAUACUUGUUUACAAGAGUGCGGAGGGAGUCAAAAAGGCAUUGGAAGAACCUGUGAAAUUCUUCCAAGGUAACAAAUUGCAAUGCUCUGUUGCCACCGAAGGCCGCAGUGUUAAUAAGAAUAAUAACAGUAGCAGUAAUAGUAAUGAUGCCAAGCCCAAUAACGUUGUUGCUACUAGUGUUGCUGGUGUUGCUCCUGCUCUUCCUGUGGCGGCAUUUAACCCGGCAUUGGCUGGUCAAGCUUUUAAUCCUGGUCAAGCAUUUAAUCCCGGCCAAGCGUUUAAUCCCGGGGCGGUUUUUAUGGCCCAAAAUCCAGCUUUAGGGGUUUUGAAUUUGAACCAUGUCGGGUUUGGGUUUCCUGGUGGCGUGUCGCAGCCCUUGAACAGGGUUGGAAAUGCUCCUAAUCCUAUGGGAUUGACUCAACUCGGUGCUGGAGGCUUUGGUGCACAGCCUCCUAUUAAUAGUAUAAGCCCUUCUGUGAUUGGUAGUUAUGGCGCUCAAGCUGCUUUGCAAGGUUUGGGCGCGUAUCAGAGUUCACAAAUGGCUCAAUCUACAGCAGUACCGAGACCCCAAACUGGUACUGGACCCGUUGGAACCAUGCCAUCUUAUUUAGGGCGCUAGGUCUUAAGUCAAAGCCAUGAGACACAACAACAAUGAUUGAUGCUGGGACUCCAAUUAAGGUGAAGCUGAGGUAAAAUGUGAUGUGUUAUUUGCUUUAGGUUGUUAUUGGGCCUUGCAAUGACCUGCCUGUAACUUUGAAGGACUUCUGUGAAAUCAUUUUGACAGUUGCUCUAUGAAUUUAUUGAGCUCUCUCUCUCUUGUAGUGUCAUUUGUUCUAUUAAUAUCUCGUUUGUCUA